AUUAAUCCGUGUGUGUUAGUUACGCAUCCCAGUCGAACCAGUAGUCCCGCUCCGACUGUUAAUUCGAAAUAUAUUUUUCAGAAAAAUGCACACCUGCUAUCGUGUUACGACAUAAAAGCGGCGUGGAUUCUAGUUCGGAACACACGGUAAGCACAACGUGCGCUGCCAGUCACCAUGGACGUCCUUCAGCUCGAGCGACGUGACGGGGACAGGAAAACUGAUGAAGAAUCGUUGGGCAUGUUGGAAGAGUCAAGGACAAAUCCUGGAAUAGCCAAACGACCGAAAUGGAGUCACAAGGCCGAUUAUACCUUGUCCAUGGUGGGCUAUUGUGUCUCCUUGGUCAACUUGUGGAGAUUUCCCUACCUUUGCAACAGAAAUGGGGGAGGUGCCUUUCUCAUCCCCUUCCUCGUGUGCCUGGUGCUGUGUGGUCUCCCCCUGUUCUUUCUCGAGGUGGCGUUGGGACAGUUUGCCGGGAAGAGCGCGAUGCACAUCUGGGGCUUCUGUCCUUUGAUGAAAGGCUUGGGAAUCAGCAUGACGAUGCUAUCGGCGCUGACGCUGAUGUACUACCCUAUAGUGUUGUCGUGGUCGGUGUACUUCCUCGUACAGUCUUGUUCCCAAUUGCUGCCGUGGACGUCGUGUGGGAACUGGUGGAACACACCAUCCUGUGUCGUCACCUCGGCACAGACGUUAUAUCAUUCACCAACCAACGAGAGCAACGUCACCGAUGGUGGACAAAUACGUCACAUCUCAGGUGUGACUAAUGCCAGUCUCUCACACACUGCAGCGGAGGAGUUCUGGCAGUACAACGUCCUGCGUAUCUCCGACGGUCUGGACAAUGUCGGAGGGAUACAGACUCACCUGGCACUAUGUCUCCUCAGCGGAUGGAUAAUUGUGUUUCUGUGCAUCAUCCGAGGAAUCAAGUCCGCUGGAAAAGUUGUCUAUGUGACAGCUACCCUGCCCUACCUCUUGCUGAUCAUCCUCCUGAUUCGCAGUCUCAUGCUACCCGGAAGUGACGAGGGCCUCCUGGUGUACAUCAAACCUGACUUUAACAAGCUCAUGGAGAUGCAGGUGUGGCUGGAGGCGUGUCUCCAGGUGUUCUACUCCCUUGGACCAGCUUGGGGCGGCCUUAUCACCAUGGCAAGCUUCAACAAAUUCGACAACAACUGCCUCAGAGAUGCGGUUCUGAUCACGUUUGUCAGCGAGGGGACCAGCAUGUUUGGAGGCCUGGUUGUCUUUACAGUCAUUGGUUUCAUGGCGCACGAAGCCAAUGUCCCAGUCUCGGAGGUAGUGUCGUCAGGUCCGGGGCUUGGCUUUGUGACAUACCCAGAAGCUCUGUCUCGUCUACCCGUCCCGCAGUUGUGGAGCUUUGUGUUCUCUCUCAUGUUGAUCGCACUCAUGUUAGAUACAGUGUUUGCUACGGUGGAGACGGUGAUGUCAGCCCUCUUUGACCAGUAUCCGCGGCUGAGGGAGAAGCGAAUCUAUCUCACUGCAGGCUUCUGUAUAGUCGCCUACUUUGUGGGGCUCGUCGUCACUACCAGGGCAGGGAUGUACAUAUUCCAGCUGAUCGACUGGUACUUCGCCUUCCUGGUGCUGCUUACAACAGCCUUCCUGGAGUGUGUCUGUGUGGCCUGGAUAUACGGCAUAGAGCGGUUCAGUGACGACAUUGAGCUAAUGCUGGGUCGGAAACCACCAUUAUUCUUCAAGAUCACGUGGUGUUAUAUCACACCGUUGUUUAUGAUGACGGCCUUCAUUUUCACGCUGAUCCAGUACAGCCCCCCGACAUACGGGAAGUACGAGUACCCGGAUUACGCUCCCGUGAUUGGCUGGAUCCUGGCGUGUAUUCCAGUCAUGCCCGUCUUGGUCGUCAUGGUGAUGACACUAAACAGAGCAAAUGGUUCACUAAAACAGCGUUUCCUUCAAAGCAUCACCCCCGACAGCACGUGGAGUCCGUCAGACCCCCAAGGCAGGAGGACCUACCUGGAGACACCGCGGGAACGCACCUCUCUCAAACAGACCUUCCUGGCGUCAGUAGGACUGAGAUAAGGCCCGGCCGACUUCACGCCGACACACGACCACCAUACAAACCAGCAAUGUACACACACUGUGUCAUGGUUGUGUUGAGUACAUCCGGUAUCUGUUGCGUCAAGGCGUCAUGGCGUCAUGGCGCCGAGGGGAAGUAACUUCCCUCACUUAUACAAUGUACUUCACACACACACAUGUUCUGUGUGGUUGCUGGCAGUGAUGGUUUGAUUAUGGUCGAGGGGGAUAGCUCAGCUGUUCCGAAGCGUUCGCUCGUCACGCCGCAGACCCGGUUUGAUUCCCUUUAUGCGUGAAUCCCAAUCUUGCUCUGUCUCGAAGUGGUUCUAUGAAAUGUCCCUCGUCGUGAGUCUACAUAGUAAACAAUUGACAACUUAUCACUGUAUAUGUGAUACUAAACCCCCAUUUGGAGCAGUAUAUGACUGUAUCAUGUGCGACGUGUAUAGAGGACCAAGGUUCGUUUGGUAUGCGGCAUAUACUAGUAUGUCGUUAAUGGGUUGCCAAUCUUCAUAUUCGAGGAGGGUGGGAGGGUGACUGUUUUGAAAACAUUUAUCUGUUCCCGAAAGCAAAGGUCCCAGUUCUCCACAUGGGUGUAAUGGGUGUAGGCCAUUUAGGGCUGUUCCCAGUCGCAGUGUUGCUGCAAUACUACAUCCUUCCGACACUGACUCACUCACUCGGUCGUCUGUUGACCCUCACUCACUCACUCAUUCACACACUCACUCACUCACUCACCUCACACGAACAUAUGUCAAAAGCCUUUUUUGUCUUUUGUUAUUUCGUCUGAAUCAAAAGAUAGUCUUUCAUUUUCACCACGAAAAUGCGGUUAGAGAAAGUAUCUUAUUGUGUUUGUUGUUUGUUUGUUUGUUUGUUGUUAAACGCCACACUCAGCAAUGUUCCAGCUAUAUGACGGCGGUUUGUCAAUAAUUGAGUCUGGACCAGACAGUCUAGUGACUGAUAUCAUGAGC